GCGGGAUUUUUGCCAGGAUCCGCCUCGAAUCCGAGGCCAUUCUCGCAUUAUAAAUACCAAAAAAUUGGAGCAACGCACACAGCCUCUCUGACCAACCCACAUGGCGUUGUGGCCAUUGCAGCAGUGAGACUUAAAAACAGUCAUGUCGGGUACGAGAGAACCCUUUGAUCCUUUCCUUACCAAAUUGUUGGCCGCAGCAGGAGGCAAAGCUUCUGCUCCCAUUGAAGACAUCAAAAAUGGCAUCGAAAAAAUCAAAACCGCGCUACAUUUGGCCAGGAAAUGGGAGGAGGGCAUUUUCGAUGGCUUUGCUGCAUUAACUAGAACCGUUGACCAAAUCAUCCAAGAACAGCCAUCGGUCAAUGACGAUUCGAUCAAAUCCCAAGGAGCGCCAUUGGAUUUUCUUAGCACCGAAAAUGGCAAAAAGCUUCUUGCAUCUGCUGCCGAGAAAGUUGAAGAAAUGGCUUCAAAAGUGCCCUGCGACUUCCAGUUGUCCCCAACAACAUCUAGCCCUUCUUCAGUGUCAAAGGAGAUACCCAUGAACGAGGAAGAGUUCCAGUGCAUGGCAGAGAAAAUCACCGCACCCGAUCCGGGCCUGACGAAUCUCAAUAUAGUUUACGAUUAUCUUGAUCCUCAACUAAAACGAUGCUUUCUUUAUUUCUCCGCCUUCCCUGAAAACAAAGUCAUCAGGAGGCGGAUCAUGAUCUACUGGUGGAUCGGGGAAGGACUGGUGGCUCCAACGAGUAACGGUCGAACAGCAGAGCAUGUCGGAGAAGAAUGCUUUAAGAUGUUGAUCUGGAGCAAUCUGAUCCAACCCAUAUACCAAAAACAUAGUAAAACCGCCAAGUACUGCAAAAUCUACCCUUGGGCUCGUCAGAUGCUGGUUUCCAAAGCAGAGGAAUAUCCAGAAAAUUUCUUCACAUUCGACCAACAAGACCGCCCGACCUUCAACUCCAUGCAAUGCGAGCGGGCUUGUUUGGUGGCAAAGGAGGAGAAAGAUCAAGUGGCGGUCACUGUAAAAUCCAAACCGAAUGAAUUGCGAUCGCUUUUCAAUUUAAGUGCGCAAUACCUAAGCUGCAACAAGGAUCAGCUCGCGAGUUUGAAGGCGAUUGCUGCUCUGCAGCUUGGAAGGUGGCAGUACUUGUCUCGUCAUCACAUUGAAUUCACUGACACUAAGUUCUUGGAGGCCCUACAAUUCCUGAAAGGAUUGAGGUAUCUCAGCCUGCAAGGGAUCUCUAGAAUAAUAGAUCUGCCGGAGACCAUAGCUGGCCUUACCAAUCUAUUGAUCUUGGAUCUCCGGUCAUGUCACAAUCUAGAAAACGUGACGCCGGCAGUGACGUCGAUCAACUCACUGACUCACCUGGACGUAUCGGAGUGUUAUUUACUAGACAAGAUGCCACAAGGGAUCGGCUCGAUGACAAACCUCCAAGUUCUCAAGGGGUUCGUGGUGGCGAGCACCCGAAGCAGAGACCCAUGUCGACUCAGUGAGUUGACUCAGUUGACGAAGCUAUGGAAGCUGAGCAUUCGCAUUGGGAGCGAAGUGCAUAUUGGUGAAGAUUUGAGUGAAUUAAGCAAAAUUGAAAGCCUUCUGUCGCUAAAAAUUACGUGGGGCCAGAUGAAAUCCUCACCGAUGAAGAUUAGAGAACCAAAAACAAUGAAGGGAUCAGCUCCGUUGGAGAUUACAGAACUGAAAACAUCAAGCAAUAAAACAAUGAAGCGAUCGCCACCGUCGCAGAUCACAGAACUGAAAACAUCAAGGAACAAGACAAUGAAGGGAUCAGGGUCAAUGAAAGAAUCGAUGGUGCUGGCAUUUUCGCUCCUGAAGCUUGAGAAGCUGGUACUCGAGUGUGUUCCUGAUGAAGACUCAAUGAGUUGGCUAAAACCCGGAGGAUUUAGGGGGCUGAAGAGGCUGUACAUUGCAGGAGGGAAGCUGAGGAAACUGAGCACUGUUACUGAAAAUGAUGGAUGGAAUGUAGAGAUUCUGCGUCUCAAAUUUCUGAAAGAAUUGAAGUUGGAAUGGGUUGAUCUGAAGAUGAAGCUUCGACAGCUGAGAUGUGCGCAGAUUUACGAAUGUCCGAAUAUCUUAUAUUCUCCUUCUGGAUUCGAUGACAAGGGAUAUUGGGUGCGGAAUGACGAAGAUGCAAGCUCAAGCUCCAUGGCUGGAACUAUUGCUCCUGUUUGAACGAUUCUGAUUGAAGGUUGGCUAGUAACUGAAGAAUAUAAGUACGUAGUCAAGCCAGAAAAAGACUCAAGGGACAUGCGACCCUACUUGAUAGAGGAAGAAGUUGUUACUCUACACCAGCCAUGAUUAUCAUUUUAAUUCCAUUUAAUAUUUUUGAAUUUUUAUUUAUUUAUUUCAAGUUUGUUAGACAAGCUUUAUUUUAUUGCAUAAGACCCCAAAUGAGAGGGUCAUUAAUUAUGUUAAUAACUGAUUAUUGGAAUUGAUGGUUGAUUUCUUUUCCA